GACCGCACUUUCUGUACGUUUAGAUAAAGUAGAUACAUUUUCUCUUUGUGUUUUACAGUACGUUCUUGCUGAGAUGUUUGCACUUGUAUGUUUGAUUUCUUGCUUCUUUUUAUCAUCGACAGAACCACCAGAGGUCGCAUGCACAGACACGGACCUUUCACCACUUCAGAAUGCACUUAAAGAAGCCGAAAGGCAGAAGGGCAGAUCGGAGAGGAUAUCCACUCUUAUUGAGCAGAUACAGCAAUUAGACGGGGUCAAACAACGGAAAAUAGCUGCAGUUGUCGGAGCAGCUGUUGCUGACGCAGCUGCUAGACCACUCCAUUGGGUUUAUGAUAACAAAGCUUUGCAGACCUACAUUGAGCACGUUAAGGAGACCCCAGAAUUUUUACCUGAGAGCAAAUGUCCAUUCUACUCCCUGCCUACUGGAGAGAAUAGUUGUUAUUGGGAUAUUGCAGAGGCUUCUUUAACGGCCAUAGCUAAAUCUGAGAAGGGUGCAUAUGACUAUGAUAGUAUUUGCAAGGAGUUGGAGAAAUCGUUUGGGCCAGAAAACACGAACGGGUACGAUGCAACAGUUUUUGCAGAGUUCGCAAAAAAGUUGAAGGCGAAAAACAUUGAUGCACCCCAUGAGGGAAAGUAUUUCCAUGGAGCUGUUAUCAAUUUUCUCAAAGCCUACGAAAGUGACAAAGAUAAGAAACCAUAUGGGGACUCUAAGAUGAGGUCGACGGAAGGAUUUUGUCUUCUCCUGCCAAUAUCACUCAAAUUCGCUGGAGAUCCAAAUUUUGACAUGAUUUCAAAUGAAGUCAUUCAGACAAUGACAACAUGGAAAACAGCGACCCAACUUGCAAUGACAGCUUCAAGAAUUGUAAAUCAUCUCAUAGAAUCGCCAUCUUACGACAUCAUGAGUAUCAAACACGAAAUUGCAGAAUCGCACCCCAAAGCUUCGAGAAGUAUCCACGAAAUCCAAGAUGCCAUUUCCAACAUGUGGGGUCACUCCAGAUCUGUAAUUCAAGAAUUUGGACCGGCCUGCAACAAUCCCUCAUCAUUUCAGGGAGCAAUUCAUGCUACCGUUACUUCUACCUCAUAUACCGAGGCUGUCAGGAAGACGAUAGGAGCAGGCGGCUGCAAUUGUUCCAGAGCCUUCUUUAUUGGGGCUAUGUGUGGGGCUAAGUACGGGAUUGAUGGUAUUCCCAGAGAAUGGAUAGAGAAAACAACUCAUUCAGAGAAAAUACUCUCUUUAGCUAUCCAAGCUUUCUCUUAAAUCUGAGAUCAUCAAUUCGAAUAUCGCAUGAUUUUCACGAUUUUUUUUCAGUAGCAGCUUUGUAGAUUAUCUAAUAUGCAUUUGUUAAAA